AUGGAUGAUGCUGAGUUGAAUGCUAUUAGACAAGCACGUCUAGCGGAGCUACAAAAGUCUUCUAGUGGGGGAAGUCCAAGUCCUUCGACAUCACAAAACCAACAACAACAACAGGCAGCAGCCAAUGACAUGACCAGCGUCAUAUUAGGCAAGAUAUUAGAAACAGAAGCACGAGAGAGGUUGAGCAGAGUCAGAAUAGUCAGACCAGACAGAGCACAAGCGGUGGAAAACUACAUCGUGAAGCUAUAUUCCGUUGGGCAGAUAAGGCAAAAAUUAAGUGAAAAGGAUAUCGUUGAGAUUCUAGAUGGCUUGAGCAGAGACACUCAGCAAAAGCAACAGUCUAAAAUUGUAUAUAAUAGAAAGUCUACCCUCGAUGACGAUGACGAAGAUGACUUUUUUGAUUAG